UCGCCCGGUGUUUCUCUGGAGGGAAGCUGGGGAGGCAUUCGCGGCUUGGGAGACCAUUAUACUUAAAAAAAGAACUGGAUUUGGACAAAUUACAAAGUUGGACUAUCAGUUUGAGACCCUAGUGGAUGGCAAGAGAGGCUUCCUUACUGUCAGGAAAUACUGCGGGAAUCUUUUGCUGAACCUCUAAAACCGUCCCAUAAUGACGGAAAUUGUGGAGGAAUAUGAGGAAUUUGAGGAGGAGGAGGAGGAGGAGGAGAUUGUAGAAGAGAUUACGACGACGACUGUCUCUGAGCAAAAGACUCAGGUCUUUCAGUCUGGCUUGCCUACCAGGAAAGUUAGGAAGAAGGUCAAGGUGGAUACCUCCAAGUUCAUGACUCCAUACCUGGCCCACAGCCAGAAGAUGCUGGAGCAGUUCAGCCAUAACAAGUACCGGCAAGCUUAUGACAGGUCCAAAGGGAAUGCUCCUGCCAUCGUCACUGAUAGCCCUGAAAUGAUUCGGAUCAGGAAGGCCCAGGAGCAGCUGAGCGAGGUUAAAUACCGCAUGGAAGGAAACAAGGCUCGGACGACAAGCUUGUAUGAUGGUGAGGCCAAAGAGGUCAUCCACGUCAAGCGUGUAUCUGAACUGAUCAGCAAGGUUCUGUACAGACAGAAGUGGGACGAGACUAAGGACAGGUACCUGCUGCCUCCCGAUGCUCCUGAGCUGGUCCUGGCUGUGAAGAAUGCUGCUAACUACAGCAAAAAACUUUACACUGAGGCCUGGGAUGAAGAGAAGACCCUGUUCUACCCUUACAGCGACAGCCCUGAGCUGCGCAGGGUGGCCAAGGCACAGGAGGUCCUCAGUGAUGUUCGCUACAAGAAGGGUCAUGAUCAGCGCAAGGCCAAGUACACUUCUUUGGCUGAUCCUCCUGAAAUCGAGCUGGCCAAGAGAGUGGCCCAUCAGCGCAGUGAUCUGAAGUACAAGGAAGAUUACAAUAAAAAUGUGAAGGGUCAAUGGUGUGAGACGCCAUACUUCGACGUGGCCAUUGGCAGGAUGGCGAUGGACAACCUCAGCAAUAGAAAAUACACGCAACAGUAUGAGGAUAUGAAAGACCAAAUUUAUUUCAUGCAAACAGACACGCCUGUUUAUGGCACAAACAAGAAAGCUCGUACUGCUAUUAGUGAGGUCCAAUACAAGAAGGAAUAUGAGAAGAAUAAAGCGCAGGCUGACUACAACACGCUCCCCGCCACAGAGAAUCCUCUCCUCAGACAGCUCAGAUAUGCUGGCACAAUCCUCAGUGAUAAAGUAUAUAAGUCCAGCUAUGAAAAAUCCAGGGGUUCCAGCAUCAACUACUGUGACACACCCAAGUUUCAGAUGGACUCAGUACUUAAACAGUUCAGUGAUGCACGUUACAAAGAUAAGUAUGAAAACGAGGUGAAGGGCCACUACAUUGGCAGCUAUGAAGAUCUCUACAUGCUUCACUGCCAGAAAGUUGAGGAAAUGAAGAAGGAGCAAUUAUAUAAAGCUGAUUACGAAGACAUUAAAACAAGGUGCUUCUUCCCUCAAACAAUUACGCCUGAAUAUGAAGCUGUGAAGAAGCUUCAGCAGUGUAAAGAUAAAGCUUACCGGCAACAUCCAGACACAGUGAAAUUUACACAAGUGGUGGAUUCGCCAGUUCAGGUUCAAGCCGCCAUCAACGCCAAGCAGCUAAGUGACUUGAACUACAAAGCAAAGUACGAGGAAACAAAGUUCAAGAACAGUCUGCCCCCAGACUAUCCCUUCUUCAUCCAGUCCAGAGUAAACGCUUUUAACCUCAGUGAUAACUGUUACAAGUAUGAUUGGGAGAAAACUAAAGCGAAAAAGUUUGAGGUCAGAGGCGAUGCUAUCUCGAUCCUUGCUGCCCGUGCUCACACAAACAUUGCCAGUGAUGUUAAAUAUAAGAAAGAGUAUGAGAAGAAUAAAGGGCAGAUGGUUGGAGCUCUCAGCAUUAAUGACGAUCCAAAGAUCUUGCACUCUGUUCAUGUGGCCAAAAUACAGAGUAAUCGGGAAUAUAAAAAGAACUAUGAAAAGAUUAAGACCAAGUACCAUACACCACUGGAUAUGAUGUCAGUCACCUUGGCCAAGAAAUCCCAGGGGAUUGCCAGCAUGGCUGGGUAUAGGAGCGUCAGCACUAACUUCUUCCUUCCCCAUGACAGUGUGCUGUUGGACUUGGCCAAGAAAGCCAACAUCAUCCAGAGUGAUAAUGAGUACAAGUCCGACUACAACAACUAUACCAAGGGUUCCCCAUGGGUCCCCUUUGGCUCCUUGGAUGUGGAAAAGUGUAAGAAAGCUGGUGAGAUCCUCAGUGAGAAAAAAUACAGACAACACCCAGACAAGAUCCCCUUCACAUCGAUUGACGACCACCCCUACACACUGCAGGCCAAAGUCAACCAGCUUCAGAGGAGUGAUCUGUUCUACAAGAGAGGUCUGGAGGAGAUCCAUCAGAAGUACUCUCUGCCUCCUGAUGUGCCUGAGUUGCUCCAGGCCAAGUGCAAUGCAUACAACAUCAGCAAGAACUACUACAAACUUGCCUGGCAGGAGACAAUUGCUAAAGGUUAUGACCUGAAGCCUGAUGCUAUUCCUAUUAUCGCUGCCAAAGCUGCAAGACAUGCUGUCAGUAAUGUUCAGUAUAAAAAGGCUUAUGAGAAAGCCAGAGGCCACCAUGUUGGCUUCCGCAGCCUCCAGGACGAUCCUCUGCUGGUUCACUACAUGCAGGUGGCUAAGUUGCAGAGUGACAAGAACUACAAGAAGGACUACCACAAGGCCAAGCUGAAGUAUCACACCCCAGUAGACAUGAUGAGUCUGGCUCACGCCAAGCAUGCCUCAUCAGUGCAGACCUUUGCUGGCUACAAGCAGCACCACCAUAAUUACUUUCUUUUGCCUGACUCGAUGAGUCUGGGCCUGGCUCGCACCAUGAGCUUCAAUGCCAGUGAUGUUAACUAUAAACUGGAUUAUGAGUCCUCGGUCAAGGGAACUGGCUGGAUUCCCAUUGGUUCAUUGGAGGUGGAAAAAGCCAAGGCAGCAGCAGCAGCUCUGGAUGAGAAAAAAUACCGCCAGCACCCUGACACCAUCAAAUUCACUAGUGUCACUGACUCCAUGAACAUGGAGCUGGCCAAGGCCAAUGCCAAGAUCCUGAAUGUGAAAGAGUAUAAGGCCAGUGGAGAGAAGUUCAUGCACACUUACCAUCUCCCUGCUGAUGCCCCUGAACUGAUGCAAGCCAGAUACAAUGCUGUCAACAUCAGCCAGAAUUACUACACCUAUGCUCAUCGUAAAGAUCUGCUCAAAGGACAUCAUUUGAAGGAAGAUUCCAUUCCCAUUGUUGCAGCAAAAUCUUCCAGAGACAUUGCCAGUAAUUACAAGUAUAAACUGGCUUAUGAGAAGGCAAAGGGCCACCAUGUCGGCCAUCGCAGCCUCCAGGACGAUCCUCUGCUGGUUCACUACAUGCAGGUGGCUAAGAUGCAGAGCGAAAAGAACUACAAGAAGGACUACCACAAGGCCAAGCUGAAGUAUCACAGCCCAGUAGACAUGAUGAGCGUGGUCCACGCCAAGCAUGCCUCUGCUGCUCAGACCAUGGCUGGAUACAGGAAGAUCCCUCACAACUACUUUCUUCUGCCUGACAACAUGCACCUGCAGCGGUGUCGCAGCAUGAUGGAGAUUCAGAGUGAUAAUGUCUACAAGUCAGAUUACAGCAACUACUCUAAAGGCUUAGGGUGGGUCCCUAUUGGUUCUCUGGAUGUUGAGAAAGCCAAAACUGCUAGAGCCGCGCUGGCUGAAAUAGGCUACCGCCAGCAUCCCAGCACUCUCAAAUUCACAAGCAAGACUGAUGGCAUGAACAUGGCUCUGGCUCUGGCCAACACAAAGCAGCUGGACAACACUUCAUACAAAGCUUCUGGUGAGAAGUUCAUGCACACCUAUCAUCUGCCAGCUGACUGCCCUGAGUUCCUUCAAGCUAAAUUCAACGCACAGACCCUUAGCGAGAGUCACUACAAGCACAAGUGGCUAGAAGAUAUUGCCAAGGGAUACGACAUGAAGCCUGAUGCUAUUCCUAUUCUGCAUGCCAAGCAAGGCAGACACAUUGUCAGCAAUGUCCAAUACAAGAAAGCCUAUGAGAAAGCCAGAGGUCACCAUGUUGGCUUCCGCAGCCUCCAGGACGAUCCUCUGCUGGUUCACUACAUGGAGGUGGCUAAGAUGCAGAGUGACAAGAACUACAAGAAGGACUACCACAAGGCCAAGCUGAAGUAUCACACACCAGUGGACAUGAUGAGUGUGGUCCACGCCAAGCAGGCUUCUGCUGUUCAGACUUAUGCUGGUUACAGAAAGAUCCCUCACAACUACUUUCUUCUGCCUGAUAACUUAAACUUGCAGCGGUGUCGCAACAUGAAUGUCCAGUCAAGUGAAUGUGAUUACAAGUCUGAAUGGAACAACUAUGUCAGAGGUACUGGAUGGGUCCCAAUUGGCUCACUUGCAGUUGAGACCGCUAAAGUUGGUGGUGAGAUUCAGAGUGACAAGAAGUACCGCACUCAUCCAUCCAACUUUAAGUUCAGCAAGUUGAUGGACUCCAUGGACUUGGCUCUGGCUACUGCCAACAAUCAGAUCAUGAACAAGAAAGCAUACACUGCGGCUUGGGAGAAGGACAAACUGACGGUCCAUGUCAUGCCAGAUGCUCCUGAAAUUGUCCUGGCCAAGGCUAAUGCCAUCACCAUGAGCAAUAAACUUUACAAAGCUGGAGUUGUGGAGAUGGCCAAUAAGGGCUACAACCUCAAAGCAGACGCCAUCCCAAUUGUUGCUGCCAAGUCUGGUACCACUAUCGCCAGUAAUUACAAGUACAAGUUGGCAUAUGAGAAAGCCAGAGGUCACCAUGUUGGCUUCCGCAGCCUCCAGGACGAUCCUCUGCUGGUUCACUAUAUGGAGGUGGCUAAGUUGCAGAGUGACAAGAACUACAAGAAGGACUACCACAAGGCCAAGCUGAAGUAUCACACACCAGUGGACAUGAUGAGUGUGGUCCACGCCAAGCAUGCUUCUGCUGUUCAGACUUAUGCUGGUUACAGAAAGAUCCAGCACAAUUACUUUCUUCUCCCUGAUGCCAUGAACCUAGUGCUGGCUCGCACCAUGAACACCCAGUGUAGUGAUUGUGAUUACAAGUCUGAAUGGAACAACUAUGUCAGAGGUACUGGAUGGGUCCCAAUUGGCUCACUUGCAGUUGAGACCGCUAAAGUUGGUGGUGAGAUUCAGAGUGACAAGAAGUACCGCACUCAUCCAUCCAACUUUAAGUUCAGCAAGUUGAUGGACUCCAUGGACUUGGCUCUGGCUACUGCCAACAAUCAGAUCAUGAACAAGAAAGCAUACACUGCGGCUUGGGAGAAGGACAAACUGACAGUCCAUGUCAUGCCAGAUGCUCCUGAAAUUGUCCUGGCCAAGGCUAAUGCCCUCAACAUGAGCAAUAAACUUUACAAAGCCGGUGUUGUGCAGAUGGCCAAUAAGGGCUACCACCUCAAAGCAGACGCCAUCCCAAUUGUGGCUGCCAAGUCUGGUACCACUAUUGCCAGUAAUUACAAGUACAAGUUGGCAUAUGAGAAAGCCAGAGGCCACCAUGUUGGCUUCCGCAGCCUCCAGGACGAUCCUCUGCUGGUUCACUACAUGGAGGUGGCUAAGUUGCAGAGCGACAAGAACUACAAGAAGGACUACCACAAGGCCAAGCUGAAGUAUCACACCCCAGUAGACAUGAUGAGUGUGGUCCAUGCCAAGCAUGCCUCUGCUGUUCAGACUUAUGCUGGUUACAAGCAGAUUAACUCCAACUACACUGUGCUACCUGAUGCCAUGAACCUGCAACUAGCCCGUAACAUGCAGUUCAUUGCCAGUGAUAACCAGUACAAGAGUGAGUAUGAAAGCUUCACGAAAGGAAUAGGAUGGGUUCCUAUUGGAUCAUUGGAUGUUGAGAAAGCAAAAACAGCCGGACAGAUCCUGAGUGAGAGCCGAUACCGUCAACAUCCUAGCAACUUCAAAUUCACUAAGGACAUGCAUUCUAUGGAUCUGACACUGGCCACUGCCAACAACCAGAUAAUGGAUAAGCAAUCCUACAGCAAAGCCUGGGAGAAAGACAAGACUUCAAUCCACAUCAUGCCUGAUGCAAUGGACAUUGUUCUUGCCAGAGAGAACAAGAGGCACUACAGUGAGAAACUGUACAAACUGGACAAUGAACUGUCUAAGAAGAAAGGCUAUAAUCUUCGCGCUGAUGCCAUUGCAGUCCAGGCUGCCAAAGCCUCCGUUGCUAUUGCUAGUGAUUACAAGUACAAGGCAGGAUACCGUAAGCAGGUCGGCCACCACAUCGGUGCUCGCAGCAUCCAGGACGACCCUCUGCUCAUGCUGGCUCUGAACUCAGCCAAGAUUGCCAGUGAUGCUCUUUACAAGAAGGACUUCAACAAGUCCAAGACAAAGUUUAAUCUUCCAGUGGACAUGAUGGCGUUUGAACUGGCAAAGAAGAACCAGAUUCAGGUCAACCACGCCAACUACAUCACCCGCCUCCACAACUGGACUUGUCUGCCAGACUCCAGUGACGUUGUACAGGCCAGACAUGCAUAUAACAUACAGAGUGAUGCUGUUUACAAGGAAGAUCAGAGGAUGAUGCAGGGUAUUGGAUGGGUGCCUAUAGGUUCACUGGAUGUUGAGAAGGCAAAGAAAGCCGGUGAGAUCCUGAGUGAGAUGAAGUAUCGUCAGCACCCAAGCAACUACAAAUUCAAAAGCACCACUGAAGACAUGCCGAUGGCUUUGGCCAAGGCCAAUGCCCAGAUAGUGAACAAGAAAGCUUACACUCAAGCUUGGGAGAAAGACAAGACUACCAUUCAUAUCAUGCCUGAUGCCAUGGAUAUUCUCUUGGCCAAAGCAAACAAAGUCAUCUACAGUGAGAAACUGUACAAGCAGGCAAAUGAAGAGGCCAAGAAGAAGGGAUACGAUAUGCGAAAUGAUGCCAUUUCCAUUAUUGCAGCGAGGGCUUCCAGGGACAUUGCCAGUGAUUAUAAGUACAAGACAGGAUACCGUAAGCAGGUCGGCCACCACAUUGGUGCUCGCAGCGUCCAGGACGACCCUCUGCUCAUGCUGGCUCUGAACUCAGCCAAGAUUGCCAGUGAUGCUCUUUACAAGAAGGACUUCAACAAGUCCAAGACCAAAUUCAACCUUCCAGUGGACAUGAUGUCCUUUGAACUGGCCAAGAAGAACCAAAUUCAGGUCAACCACGCCAACUACAUCACCCGCCUCCACAACUGGACUUGUCUGCCAGACUCCAGUGAUGUCGUACAGGCCAGACAUGCAUAUGACAUACAGAGCGAUGCUGUUUACAAGGAAGAUCAGAGGAUGAUGCAGGGUAUUGGAUGGGUGCCUAUAGGUUCACUGGAUGUUGAGAAGGCAAAGAAAGCCGGUGAGAUCCUGAGUGAGAUGAAGUAUCGUCAGCACCCAAGCAACUACAAAUUCAAAAGCACCACUGAAGACAUGCCGAUGGUGCUGGCUAAGGCCAAUGCUCAGAUUAUGAACAAGAAUGCCUACGUUGAAGCUUGGCAGAAUGAAAAGACGAAGAUCCACAUCAUGCCUGAUGCUAUGGAUGUUCUUCUAGCCAAAGCAAACAAUGUCAAUUUCAGCUUGAAAAAGUACAAACAGGCAAAUGAAGAGGCCAAGAAGAAGGGCUACGAUAUGCGCAAUGAUGCCAUUUCCAUCAUCGCAGCCAGGGCCUCCAGAGACAUUGCCAGUGAUUACAAGUACAAGGCAGGAUACCGUAAGCAGGUCGGCCACCAUAUCGGUGCUCGCUGUGUCCAGGACGACCCUCUGCUCAUGCUGGCUCUGAACUCAGCCAAGAUUGCCAGUGAUGCUCUUUACAAGAAGGACUUCAACAAGUCCAAGACAAAGUUUAAUCUUCCAGUGGAUAUGAUGGCGUUUGAACUGGCCAAGAAGAAUCAGAUUCAGGUCAACCACGCCAACUACAUCACCCGUUUGCACAACUGGACUUGUCUGCCAGACUCUAGUGAUGUCGUACAGGCCAGACAUGCAUAUGACUUACAGAGCGAUGCUGUUUACAAGGAAGAUCAGAGGAUGAUGCAGGGUAUUGGAUGGGUGCCUAUAGGUUCACUGGAUGUUGAGAAGGCAAAGAAAGCCGGUGAGAUCCUGAGUGAGAUGAAGUAUCGUCAGCACCCAAGCAACUACAAAUUCAAAAGCACCACUGAAGACAUGCCGAUGGCUUUGGCCAAGGCCAAUGCCCAGAUUAUGAACAAGAAAGCAUACAUGGAUGCCUGGGAGAAGGAGAAGAUGAAGAUCCACAUCAUGCCUGAUUCUAUGGAUGUUCUUCUAGCCAAAGCAAACAAUGUCAACUACAGUUUGAAAAAGUACAAGCAGGCAAAUGAAGAUGCCAAGAAGAAGGGCUACGAUAUGCGCAAUGAUGCCAUUUCCAUUAUCGCAGCCAGGGCCUCCAGAGACAUUGCCAGUGAUUACAAGUACAAGACAGGAUACCGUAAGCAGGUCGGCCACCACAUCGGUGCUCGCUGCGUCCAGGACGACCCUCUGCUCAUGCUGGCUCUGAACUCAGCCAAGAUUGCCAGUGAUGCUCUUUACAAGAAGGACUUCAACAAGUCCAAGACAAAGUUUAAUCUUCCAGUGGACAUGAUGGCGUUUGAACUGGCAAAGAAGAACCAGAUUCAGGUCAACCACGCCAACUACAUCACCCGCCUCCACAACUGGACUUGUCUGCCAGACUCCAGUGAUGUUGUCCAGGCCAGACAUGCAUAUGACCUACAGAGUGAUGCUGUCUACAAAGCUGACCUGAAGUGGCUCCAGGGCUUGGGCUGGGUCCCCAUUGGCUCACUUGAUGUGGAGAAAGCCAAGAAGGCUGGAGAAGUCUUGAGUGAAAGGAAGUACCGCCAGCACCCCAGCACUGUUCCCUUCACCAGCACAACAGAUGCCAUGAAUAUUGUACUGGCAAAGAAUAAUGCUUUGACCAUGAACAAGCGUCUCUACACCGAAGCAUGGGAGAAGGACAAGACCAAACUGCACAUCAACCCUGACACUCCUGAGAUCAUCCUCUCUCAGCAGAAUGCUAUCAACAUGAGCAGGAAACAAUACAGACAAGGUUUUGAGGCCACCAUCCAGAAAGGCUAUUUCCUCCCUGGGGAUGCAAUCUCUGUCAAGUCUGCUAAGGCCUCCAGGGACAUCAUCAGUGAUUAUAAGUACAAGACGGGAUACCGCAAGCAGGUCGGCCACCAUAUCGGUGCUCGCUGCGUGCAAGACGACCCUCUGAUCAUGCUGGCUCUGAACUCAGCAAAGAUUGCCAGUGAUGCCCUGUACAAGAAGGACUUCAACAAAUCCAAGACCAAGUUCAACCUGCCAGUGGACAUGCUGAAUCUCGAGCUGGCAAAGAAAUGCCAGAUUCAAGUCAACCAUGCCAACUAUAUCACACGCCUGCACCAGUGGACAUGUCUGCCAGACUCCAAUGACGUUGUCCAGGCCAGAAAAGCCUAUGAUCUUCAGAGUGAUGCUGUGUACAAAGCUGACAUGGAUGAGGUCAUAGGGGUAGGAUGGGUCCCCAUUGGUUCACUUGAUGUGUUGAAGGCCAAGAAUGCUUCAAAUAUUCUCAGUGACCGUCUCUACAGGCAGAAACCAGACAAACUGAAAUAUAAAUCUGACAUGACUUCCAUUCCCAUGGUCUUAGCCAAAGCAAAUGCUGAAAUCAUUAACAAGAGAAACUACAUUGCUGCUUGGGAGGCUGACAAGGUUAAGAAUCAUGUGUCCCCUGACCUACCUGAGCUUUUGCUUUCUAAAGCUAAUGCUUACAACAUCAGUAAGAAACUAUACAGGGAAGAUGUUGAGAAGAUCUUCAGAAAGGGCUACAACCUUAAGCCUGAUGCUGUGUCUAUUGUUGCUGCCAAACGUGGAAGAGAGAUCAUCAGUGAUUACAAAUACAAGACUGGGUACCGUAAGCAGGUUGGUCACCACAUUGGAGCCCUUAGCGUCCAUGACGACCCUCUGAUCGUGCUGGCACUGAACUCCGCCAAGAUUGCCAGUGAUGCCCUGUACAAGAAAGACUUCAACAAGUCCAAGACCAAGUUCAAUCUGCCAGUCGACAUGCUGAAUCUUGAACUGGCCAAGAAAUGCCAGAUCCAAGUCAACGAUUUCAACUACAGAACUCAUCUGCACAACUGGACCUGCCUACCUGACUCCAAUGAUGUGGUCCAGGCCAGAAAAGUCUAUGACCUGCAGAGUGAUGCUGUGUACAAGGCUGACAUGGAAUGGAUCAGGGGAACAGGUUGGGUGCCAAUUGGUUCACUUGAUGUGGAGAAAGCCAAGAAAGCGGGAGAGAUCCUGUGCGACAGGAAGUACCGUCAGCAUCCCAGCAACUUCAAAUUUACUGCCAAGACAAGUGACAUGCCAUAUGCCCUUGCUAUGGCCAACGCCCAGAUCAUGGACAAGAAAGCAUAUAUUUCUGCCUGGGAGAAGGAUAAGACCAACCUUCACAUCAUGCCUGAUACACCAGAAAUCAUCCUGGCCAAGCAGAAUAAAUUAAACAACAGUCUGAAAUAUUAUCGUGAAGGCUAUAUGGACACCAUAAACAAAGGGUACUAUCUUCCCAAAGAUGCAAUUUCUGUUUUAUCAGCCAAGGCUUCCCGAGACAUCGUCAGUGAUUACAAAUACAAGGCUGGUUUCCGCAAGCAGUGUGGCCAUCACAUUGGUGCCCUUAGUGUUAAAGAUGACCCACUGAUUAUGUUGGCUGCUCAUGCAGCCAAGAUCUCCAGUGACAACAUCUAUAAGAAGGACUUCAACAAGACCAAGACAAAGUUCCAUCUGCCUGUAGACAUGCUGACAAUUGAACUUGCCAAGAAAUGCCAGCAGCAAGUGAAUGACUUUAACUACAGAACUCACUUACACCAGUGGACCUGCCUGCCAGACUCAAGUGAUGUGGUUCAGGCUAGAAAAGUGUACGACUUACAGAGCGAUGCCGUAUACAAAGCUGAUAUGGAGUGGCUGAGAGGAUGUGGCUGGUCACCACAGGACUCUGUGGACGUCAUCAAAGCUAGAAAUGCCCAGACUAUUCUCAAUGACAGGCUCUACCGCCAGCACCCAAGCACUGUGAAGUUUACCAGCGUUGUUGACCUCCCGGCUAUCGUCUUGUCCAAGCAAAACGCUGACAUCAUCAGUGAUAGGAAAUAUAGGGAAGUCUGGGAUAAAGACAAGCUCACCAUUCACAUGCCACCUAACGCCCCCACCUUUGAACUGUCCAAGGCCAAUGCUAUCAGCAUCAGCAAUAAACUGUACACAAAGGCAUGGGACGACCAGAAGGCCAAAGGCUACCAUAUCAAGGAGGAUGCUAUCUCUGUGCUAAAGGCUAGAGCUUCCAGAGAUAUCAUCAGUGACUAUAAGUACAAGACGGGAUACCGCAAGCAGGUCGGCCACCACAUCGGUGCUCGCUGCGUGCAAGACGACCCUCUGAUCAUGCUGGCUAUGAACUCAGCAAAGAUUGCCAGUGAUGCCCUGUACAAGAAGGACUUCAACAAGUCCAAGACCAAGUUCAACCUGCCAGUGGACAUGCUGAGUCUUGAGUUGGCCAAGAAAUGCCAGAUUCAAGUCAACCAUGCCAACUAUAUCACACGCCUGCACCAGUGGACUUGUCUGCCAGACUCCAAUGAUGUGGUCCAAGCCAGAAAGGCCUACGACCUGCAGAGUGAUGCUGUGUACAAAGCUGAUAUGGAGUGGAUACGUGGAUGUGGAUGGAUGCCACAUGAAUGUGUUGAUGUUAUUAAGGUGAAGAAUGCACAGAAGGCCCUGGCUGAGAGAGGCUACCGUGUCAAGUUGGAUGAGCAGAAAUUCACAGUUCCAGCUGACAGAGUCGACCUGGUCUGUGCCAAGAAUGCUGCUGAGGUCCUCAAUGAGGCCAAAUAUCGUGAGGCCUGGCACCAGGACAAAACCAAGUUCUCACUGGUGGACACUCCAGGUCUUGCCACAGCCAGAGAGGUGGCUAAGAACGUUCACCCGAAACUGUACACCAAAGAUUGGGAUAAGGUCAAAGCCACGGGCUACUUCAUGCCUGGAGAUGCUGUACCAAUCAAGCAGUGCAUCCAGACGUCGAAAGUGCAGAGUCAACACAAGUACCUUGAAGGAUACCGUAAGCAGGUCGGCCACCACAUCGGAGCCCUCAGUGUCAAUGACGACCCUCUGAUGAUGCUGGCUCUGAACUCAGCCAAGAUUGCCAGUGAUGCCCUGUACAAGAAAGACUUCAACAAGUCCAAGACCAAAUUCAACCUGCCAGUGGAUAUGUUGCAGUUUGAACUGGCCAAGAAAUGCCAGAUCCAAGUCAACGAUGACAACUACAGAACCCGCCUGCACCAGUGGACAUGUAUGCCAGACUCUAACGAUGUCAUCCAGGCCCGCAAAGCCUAUGAACUUCAAAGCGAUUUUGUGUAUAAGGCUGAUAUGGAAUGGAUUCGUGGCUGCGGCUGGAUGGCAGCUGACUCUGUUGACCACGUCAAGGUCAAGAAGGCCCAAGAGAUUCUCAACGAAAGGCUCUACAAGAAGAAUGCCAAGGAAUGCUUUGGAAAAUUCACCCUGAUUGUGGACCGCCCUGAAAUUGUCCUGGCUAAGAUAAAUGCUGCCAACCUCAGUGAUCUGAAGUACAAAGAGACCUUCAAUGCAGAAAAGGGUCAUUACAUUGGAUCAGAUGACACUCCUCAACUGGCCCACAGCAGGGAGGUGUCUAAGAACAUCAGUGAGAAACUCUACAAACAACAAUGGGAUGAGUCUAAGGCUACAGGCUACCAGCUGAACCAUGAAUAUAUCCCACUUCUCUCUGGCAAGAAGGGCAGGGAGAUCGCUAGUGAUGUCAAGUACAAGGAUUCCCAUGAGAAGGCCAAGGGUCACUACAUGGCUGGGACUCUAGUGGACUUCCCUGAGGUGAUGCGUUGUGGAGAGCAGGAGAAGAACAAGGCACUGAGGGUCUACCAGAAGGACUACCAUCUUACCAAGACCAAGACCCACAUCCCAUCUGACAUAAUCGCUAACCAGGUAGCUAAGCGGUGCCAGGACAUGCUGAGCGAUGUCCUCUACCGUACCUACCUGCACCAGUGGACUUGCCAUCCUGACCAGGAGGAUGCCAUUCGUGCCCGCAAGACCAAUGAGAUUCUCAGUGAUGUGUUCUACAAGGAUGACCUGAACUGGAUGAAGGGAAUUGGUUGCUAUGUCUGGGACACACCAGAGAUUGUUCGUGCCAAGAAGUCCUACGAGCUGCAGAGUGAUCUUAAAUACAGAGAUGAAGCCAAGAAAGAAUUCAACAAUUACUCCAUUGUGACAGACACCCCAGUUUAUGUGACUGCUGUCCUGGGUCACACCUGGGCCAGUGAUCUGAACUACAGGGAGGCUUAUCAUAAGGAGAAGCACCUGUAUACUACCGUUCUGGAUACCUACGACUAUGCCAGAUGCCACAACUUCAAGCACUUCUUCAGCAACAAAAACUACUCUGCUGCCUGGGACAAAAUCAAAGCCAAGAGCUACCAGAUUCCACAUGACUCACACGCCCUGAAACACGCCAAACAACAAAAGAUCAUUCUCAGCAGCGUGAAGUACAAGGAGGACUAUGAGAAGUUCAAAUCCCUCUACAGUCUGCCCAAGUCUCUUGAGGAUGAUCCUGGCACUGCUCGCUGUGUGAAAGCUGGAAAGCUGGUCCUAGAUCGUCUGUACAAGGCAGACUAUGAGAAGACCAAGGCCAAGAACCACAUCCCACCAGACAUGCUGGAGAUCCUUUCUGCCCGCAACACCCAGUCAACCGUCAGUGGUAUCCACUAUCGCAAGUAUUUGCAUCAGUGGAUAUGCCUCCCUGACAUGCAGGUCUAUGUCCAAGCCCGCAAAGUCAACGAGCAGCUCAGCGACAUCUUCUACAAGGAUGACCUGAACUGGCUAAAGGGUAUCGGCUGCUAUGCCUGGGACACCCCAGAGAUCAUCCGUGUCAAGCAUGCUGGUGAUCUUCAGAGUGAGAACAAGUACAGAGCCAAAGGUGUUGAAGCUUUCAAGGAGUAUUCUGUGGUAACAGAUACUCCAGUGUAUGAGACAGCUAAGCAGAAUGCUCAGAACCUGAGCGAUCUGCACUACCGCUAUGAUUACAACGCCAAUAUCAAGGGCACCAACACUGCUCCUGCUGUUACCAUUGAGACAGAAAGGGCACGCCUGGCUAACUACAUCCAGAGUGAUAACUGGUACAAGGAGGCAAACAAGGCCUCCAUGCCCACUGGUUACUCCCUGCCCCAUGACACCCCACUCAUCAAGCAGGUUAAGAUGAACAGCGUUGUCACCAGCAAUGUGAAGUACAAGGAGGCCUACGAGAUGAUGAAGGCUAAGGCCUACACUCUUCAUCCAGAGGGUGUCAACUUUGUCAAUGCAAGGAAUGCAAACAAGAUGAUCAACAAUCGUCUGUAUCGGGAACUCUACCAUAAGCAAAAGGACAAGAUCCACACAACCUACGACACCCCUGAUAUCAGACAAGUCAAGAUGAACCAGGAACACCUCAGCGACUUGUGCUACAGAGAGAAGUACUACAACAGCAGAGGCCAGCUGAUCUCUAUGCCCAUGACGCCCCAGCUAUUGCACUGCUACCACGUCAAUCAGAUCACCAGCGAUCUUAAAUACAAAGAGGAUCUGAUGUGGCUGAGAGGCCUUGGCUGCUUCUUGUAUGACACUCCAGAGAUGGUCCACGUCCGCAACAUCACCAAAUUCAGGGUGAGCUAUCCAGUGGAUGCUAAGAAGAACCUUGCCAACUUCUCCGUGGUCCUGGACACACCAGAGUAUAAGCGUGUAACUGAACUUAAGAGCCACAUGAGCAACAUGAUCUACAAAGCCCAGAGCAAGCAGGAAAUGUCUAAGGUCACCACCACUUUGGACUCUGUGGACAUCCAGAGAGUCAAAUGGGCCCAGCAGCUGACUAACAAAUACAAGUACACCGAUUUGGCUGCUAGGGAGAGAGCUCAUUUCACUCCAGAAUUGAAUACUCCAAACAUGGGCCAUGUUAGAAAAAUGAAAGUGGUCUGCAGUGAUAACAAAUACAAGGAGCAGUAUGAGAAGAUGAAGCACAGAUACACUGCCAUUGCUGAUACACCUCAUCUUAUCCGGGCCAAGAAAUCCUACCUCCAGUCCAGCGAUCUGCGUUACAAAGAGACAUUUGAGCUCGCCAAGGGCCACUACCACACAGUCAAGGACGCUCUGGACAUAAUCCACCACCGCAAAGUCACUGACGACAUCAGUGAGGUUAAAUACAGGGAGAAGUACAUUAACUCUCUGGGCACAUGGAAGUCCAUCCCCGACCGUCCUGAGUUCUUCUUCAGCAGAAUUGCUAAUGAGAACGUCAGCAGCGUCAAAUACAAGGAGGACAUGGAGUGGCUGAAGGGUAUUGGCUGCUUUGUGUGGGACACACCUGAGCUGGUUCAGGCUGAGAAGAACAAGACGCUGUAUAGUGAGAGACUGUACAAAGCCUCCUAUGAGAAGAACAGAGGCAACUUCAAAUAUACCUCUGACACUCCGUUCUUCCAGGCUGCCAAGAAUGCCUCUAUUCUCAUCAAUGACGCAAUGUAUAAAUCCAGAGCAAAGGAUCUGCUAAAGAGUGGCUGCACUGAGCUACUCCGCCCUGACAUCCUCACAGCCCUUUACCAGUCCACUAUGAGCAGUAAGUGGAAGUACAGGGAGCAGUAUGAACGUGCCAAGGACAAGUUCACCUCUAUUCUGGAGACUCCUGAGUAUGAGGCCCACAGACGCAGCAAGAAAAUCAGCGAUAUCAUCUACAGGAUGGAGUACAACAAGACCAAGGCCAAGGGAUACACCUUGCCUUAUGACACUCCAUACCAACAGCACAUGAAGAAGGUCAAGGACAUUACCAGCAAUCUAAAGUACAAAGAAGUGUAUGAGAAGAGCAAGGCCCAGAUUAACAUGGACCCCGAGGCUCAUGAGAUUCGUGCUGCCAAGGAGGCCUACAAGAACAUCAGCAAUCUUGACUACAAGAAGAAAUAUGAAGCCACCAAGAACAAGUGGAUCUGGACAACAGACAGACCCGACUUUGUCAAUGCUGCCAAGAACUCCUUGCAACAGAGUGAUAUUGAGUACAAGUAUGACAAAGAGAUGAUGAAGGGCUGUGUGAUACCUGUGGUUGAUGACAAGUUAACCCUCCUGGCUAUGAAAAAUGCGGAAAUGGCGAGCACUGUGAAGUACAAAGAGAAGUAUGAAAAGGAAAAGGGCCACUAUGUGCCGGUCCAGGACACUCCUCAAAUCCUCCAUGCCAAGGCUGUGCGCACUCUGGCAUCAGAGAGCAAAUACAAGGAGGCCAGUAAGAAGGACAUGCAGUCUGGCUCAUUCACUACCCUGUCUGAGACUCGUGACACUGCUCACAGCAAGGAGAUCAACAAGCUUGUCAGCGGGAAAUUGUACAAAGCUAAGUUUGAGAAGGAAAAGGGCAAGUCAGUGUAUAACAACAUGAUUGUUCCACCUGAUGUUCAGCAUGCCAUGUCAGUGGCCAAGUGUCAGAGCAAUAUUUCCUACAAGAAGGAUGCCAAAGCCAACCUUCACUACACCAGUGUAGUCGACCGUCCUGACAUACAGAAGGCUACCCAGGCUGCCAGACUUAUCAGUGAGAUCGGCUACCGUGACAAGGCCCGUGAGGAGGCAAGCCGUGGAGGUUCUCUGGCCUACCGCCCAGACAUCACUCUGGCCACUGAGGUGUCCAAGCUGACCAGCCAGGUGGAGGCCAAGCCCUCCCUCCAUGGAGCAGCUUCCUAUGAUACCCCCCAGAUGCGCCACAUUAAGAAAAUGAGUGCUGUGACUAGUGAUCUGAAGUACAAGGAGAAGUUUGACAAGGAGAUGAAAGGAAAGAAACCACAAUAUGACCUGAAGGAGAGUAAGAUUUACCAGACUUUGAAGGAUGCCAGUGUGCUGGCUAGUGAGGUUAAGUACAAGGGUGACCUGAAGAAGAUCCACAAGCCUGUGACUGACAUGGCUGAGUCUUUGUCCAUGCAGCACAACCUGAGCACCAGCAAACUGUCUAGCAAUGUGAAAUACAAGGAGAAGUAUGAGAAGGAGAAGGGCAAGGCUAUGCUGGACUUCGAGACACCCACAUAUGUGACUGCUAAGGAGGCCCAGCACAUGCAGAGCCAGAAAGACUAUAAGAAGGACUUUGAGGACCACAUGAGGGGCAAGAACCUCUCAGGCUUGGAGGUCACCCCUGCCAUGAUACAUGUCAGACACGCCACCAAAAUAGCCAGUGAGAGAGAGUACAGGAGGGAUCUAGAAGAGGGAGUGAAGGGUAAAGGGCUAACUGUACUGGAGGAAACUCCGGAGCUUUUGAGAGCAAGGAAUGCCACUCAAAUCCUGUGUGAGAGAGAGUACAAGAAGUCGCUGGAGCAGGAGAUCAAGGGCAAGGGAAUGUUGGCUUUGGCUACAGACACCCCCGACUUCAUGAGGGCCAGGAAUGCUACUGACAUCCUCAGUCAGACUAAGUACAAGCAUACCGCCGAGAUGGACAGGGCCAGCUACACAACUGUCAUCGACACCCCAGACAUCAUCCAUGCUCAGCAGAUGAGGAACAUUGUCAGCCAGAAAAAGUACAGAGAGGAGGCUGAGAAGACCAUGUCUCACUAUGUACCUGUCCUGGACACUCCAGAGAUGCAGAGAGUCCGUGAGAACCAAAAGAACUUCAGCACUCUUCAAUACCAGAUUGACCUUAAAAACAUAAAGGGCAAAGUGUCUUCUGUACAGGACACUCCUGAAAUGCUUCGUGUUAAAGAGAAUACAAAGAAUUUCAGCUUGAUUCAGUACAAAGAGGAUUUGGGAGGAGGAACAGCUUUGCCCAAGACCCCAGAGAUGGAGAGAGUUAAACGCAAUCAGCAGAACAUUAGCACGAUACAGUACAAGGAUUCUGUGGGUCAAGGCACAGCCAUACCAGAUCUCCCUGAGGUGAAGCGGGUCCGUGAAACCCAGAAGAAUAUCAGCUUGCUUCAAUACAAAGCAGAAGUGGGACAAGGCACGUCAGUAUCAGAGACCCCAGAGAUGGAGAGAGUUAAACGCAAUCAGCAGAACAUUAGCACGAUACAGUACAAGGAUUCUGUGGGUCAAGGCACAGCCAUACCAGAUCUCCCUGAGGUGAAGCGGGUCCGUGAAACCCAGAAGAAUAUCAGCUUGCUUCAAUACAAAGCAGAAGUGGGACAAGGCACGUCAGUAUCAGAGACCCCAGAGAUGGAGAGAGUUAAACGCAAUCAGCACAAUAUUAGCACGAUAAAAUACAAGGACUCUUUGGGUCGAGGCACAGCUAUACCGGACCUCCCUGAAGUAAAGCGGGUGAAACAAACCCAGAAGCACAUCAGCUCGGUGUUGUAUAAAGACAGUUCAGCCAAGGGAACUCCUGUGGUGUUCACUCCAGAAAUGGAGCGAGUCAAAAGGAACCAAGAAAACAUUAGCUCGGUGCUGUACUCUGACAGUUUCCGUAAACAGGUUCAGGGCAAGGCCGCCUUCGUUCUGGACACACCUGAGAUGAGGCGAGUCAGGGAGACCCAGCGCAUCAUUUCUGGAGUGAGAUAUCAUGAGGACUUUGAGAAGAGCAAGGGCAGCUUCACUCCCACCACCUCUGACCCGGUGACAGAGCGCGUGAAGAAGAACACCCAGGACUUUAGUGACAUUAACUACCGUGGCAUCCAGAGACGUGUGGUGGAGAUGGAGAGAAGACGUGCCAUUGAGCAUGACCAGGAGACCAUCACUGAUCUGCGUGUGUGGCGCACAAACCCCGGCUCUGUGUUUGACUACGACCCUGCUGAGGACAACAUCCAGUCGAGGAGUCUGCACAUGAUGUCAGUGCAAGCUCAGCGUCGCAGCAAGGAGCACUCCCGCUCCACCAGCGCUUUGAGUGGCAUGGCUGAUGAAAAGUCUGAAGUGUCCCAGGACGCUGACCCCCACAUGUCUCUCUAUAGCAACGGCUUCAUGGCCUCCUCUGUUGGCUACCAGCAUGCUAAGACGGUGGAGGUACAGCAGAGGUCAUCAUCAGUAGCCACCCAGCAGACCACAGUCUCCUCCGUCCCCUCACACCCCUCUACCACCGGGAAAACUGUGCGUGCCAUGUAUGACUACGCUGCAGCCGACAGCGACGAGGUGUCCUUCAAGGACGGCGACGUCAUCGUUAACGUGCAGUCCAUUGACGAGGGAUGGAUGUACGGCACCGUGCAGCGCACCGGCAAGACCGGCAUGCUGCCAGCCAACUACGUUGAAGCAGUUUAAAGCCCGCCCAUCGUCCCUCCGGAAUGGGCGAGACACAUCCACAGGGCAAACUGAUUGGUCUUCCUGUGAUCACAAAUGUGGCUUAGUGCAAUGUGUAUCUUUUAGUUUCUUGUAGCUCUGUAACUUUAUUUUAAUUGUGUUGUAAUUCUCGUUAGUAAGUCUGUUAUCAUUCAUAUGCUGCUGCCCCUGUUGCCUGUGGAUGUGACAUAAGCAUCUUAACAUAACACAUAUAAAUAUUUCUGAUUAUACAUACUAUGGCUACUAUGAAUGACAGACUAUUUUAGGUUGUUUAAAGAAAAGCAAGACUAACUAACAUACGUUCUGUCCCACUAUUUUGUAAAGUUCACAAAAUAUGUAUGAUUAUAUUAAAAACAAUUGUCCGAGUUAUACUGAGAGAGGAUUUUCUCAUAAAAGCAAUGAGCUCAAAUAGUUCCAGUUAUGCCUUUAAUGGAAAUUCUAUGGAGAGCAAAAGGGAAAUUAUUAAAAUAAUGAAACUUAUAAGGAGUCAGUUACCAUCUACCUCCUCUAUGAAUAAGCCACUCCUGCAGAGUUGUAUGAGACAAGCCUCAGUCUUCCCUCCUUUAUACUGAAGGCUGGCCACUAGUAGAAUGUGUGACUUGUUUCUUCCGAUUAUUUAGGUCCAGGUAAGGCACGUCCUCUACCUUUAAUCAGUAGCUAAUAAAGCACACCAAGCUCCUGCAGCA